GCGAGAGCGGCCGCUAUGGUGUCUAACCCAGUGCAUGGCCUGCCUUUUCUCCCAGGCACGUCCUUUAAGGACUUAACGAAAACAGCAUUUCAUAGAAGCCAGACGCUGGGCUACAGGAAUGGCUAUGCAGUUGUUCGACGUCCAACAGUUGGGAUUGGCGGGAACAGGCUCCAGGUCAACCAGCUGUCCCAGGCUGAUCUGGACGAGCUGGCCAACAGCAUCCCAGUCCUCACGUGUGGACAGCCCAGGCAGGCCCCGCCUGCAGCAUUUAUUCCUGCGCAUGUGGCUUUCGACAAAAAGGUGCUUAAAUUUGAUGCUUAUUUCCAAGAAGAUGUUCCUAUGUCAACUGAGGAACAUUACAGGAUCCGCCAAGUACACAUUUACUACUAUCUAGAAGACGACAGCAUGUCUGUCAUAGAGCCUGUUGUGGAAAACUCUGGGAUCCCUCAAGGAAAGUUAAUCAAACGCCAGCGCCUCUCCAAGAAUGACCGGGGAGACCAUUACCAUUGGAAAGACCUAAACCGAGGGAUAAACAUCACAAUUUAUGGCAAGACUUUCCGCAUUGUUGACUGUGACAAGUUCACACAGGUAUUUUUGGAAAGUCAAGGAAUUGAGCUAAAUCCCCCAGAGAAGAUGGCGCUCGAUCCUUACACUGAACUCCGGAAACAGCCUCUCCGUAAAUAUGUGACCCCAAAGGACUUUGAUCAACUCAAGCAGUUUCUCACCUUUGACAAACAGGUUCUUCGAUUCUAUGCCAUCUGGGAUGACACAGACAGCAUGUUCGGUGAAUGUCGGACCUACAUUAUUCAUUACUAUCUUAUGGAUGACACGGUGGAAAUUCGAGAGGUCCAUGAACGGAAUGACGGGCGAGAUCCCUUCCCCCUCCUGAUGAACCGCCAGCGCAUGCCCAAGGUUUUGGUGGAGAAUGCAAAGAACUUCCCUCGGUGCGUGCUGGAGAUCUCCGAUAAGGAGGUGUUGGAAUGGUACACGGCCAAAGACUUCAUCGUCGGGAAGCCGCUCACUAUACUCGGGAGAACUUUCUUCAUUUAUGACUGUGACCCAUUUACUCGGCAGUAUUACCAAGAAAAAUUUGGAGUCUCCGAUUUACCACGCAUUGAUAUGAGCAAGAAGGAACCCCCUCCUAUGAAACAGGAGUUGCCUCCCUAUAAUGGUUUUGGCCUAAUUGAAGACUCUGCUCAAAAUUGCUUUGCUCUCAUUCCAAAAGCUCCCCAAAAAGAUGUUAUUAAAAUGCUGAUGAACGAGAACAAGGUGCUUCGUUAUUUGGCCACACUGGAAUCCCCCAUCCCAGAAGACAAAGACCGCCAGUUUGUCUUGUCUUAUUUUCUGGCCACUGACAUGAUCAGUAUCUUUGAGCCUCCUGUUCGCAAUUCUGGUAUCAUUGGGGGCAAGUAUCUCGGCAAAACUAAAGUUAUCAAACCAGAUUCCUCGGUGGAAAACCCUGUAUACUAUGGCCCCAGUGACUUCUUCAUUGGUGCUGUGAUUGAGGUGUUUGGCCACCGGUUCGUCAUCCUUGAUACAGACGACUACGUUUUGAAAUACAUGGAGAGCAACGCUGCCCAGUAUUCACCAGAAGCACUCCUGUCGAUUCAGAACCGCAUUCAAAAGCAAGAGGCUCCCGCACCAGAAUUGGAUGGCCAGCGAGCAGAAGAGGAACCGGGUGUGCGGGACAUGGAGGCCCUGAUAGACACGAUCCAGAAGCAACUGAAAGAUCGCCCGUGCAGCGACAACAUCCGUGAGGCCUUUCAGAUCUAUGACAAGGAAGCUUCAGGAUACGUGGACAGGGAGACGUUCUUUAAAAUCUGUGGCUCUUUCCAACUCCCAGUUGAUGACUCCUUGAUUAAGGAGCUCAUCAGAAUGUGCUCUCAUGGAGAAGACAAGAUUGACUACUAUAACUUCGUCCGUGCUUUCUCCAGCUGACCUGCUGAGAACAGAACGCAGCACAGUAUGUUGACUUUGAGCCUCCAUCUACCUGUACUCCU